AUGGCGGCUCACAUCCGAACCGGGAACUUCGGGGUCCUGCUGACCCGCUGCAGGGUUCCGGGACUCGGCUGCUCCGGGACCGUUCCGGCCCGCCGUCUCUCCUCGGUACCGCCGCCGGGCACCUGGAGCUCCCAGCUGUCCCGGCUGCCCCACCGGGACCUGUACCGGCUCUCCGUCAGCGACCCGGACCGGUUCUGGGGCUCCGCCGCCGCCGACCGGCUCCGCUGGAUGCAACCCUUCCAGCGGGUUCGGGACUGCGAGCUGCUCAGCGGGAGGAUCGGCUGGUUCCUGGGCGGGAGGCUCAACGUGUCCGUGAACUGUCUGGACGUCCAUGUUGAGAAGCAUCCGGACCGAGUGGCUCUGAUCUGGGAGCGAGACGAGCCGGGCACCGAGCUGAAGGUGACCUACAGCGAGCUGCUGGAGACGACCUGCCGCCUGGCCAACGUGCUCAAGAGUCAUGGGAUCCACAAAGGCGACCGGGUGGCCAUUUACAUGCCGGUGUCGCCGAUGGCGGUGGCGGCCAUGUUGGCGUGUGCUCGUAUCGGCGCCGUGCACACAGUCGUGUUCGCCGGCUUCAGUGCCGAGGCUCUGGCAGGACGGAUUCAGGACGCUGGAUGUAAAGCUGUGAUCACCUGUAAUCAAGGUGUGAGAGGAGGCCGGACCAUCGAGCUGAAGGCCACCGUGGACGCUGCUGUCCAGAACUGUGCGACUGUCCAACACGUCUUUGUCUCCCAGAGGACGGACAGACCAACAGUGAUGGGACCGAUGGACGUCCCGCUGGAGGAGGUGAUGUCCUCUCAGCUUCCUGUCUGUCCUCCUGAGUCUCUGGACAGUGAGGACCUUCUCUUCCUGCUCUACACUUCAGGCAGUACAGGGAAACCUAAAGGCCUUGUCCACACUCAGGCCGGAUACCUGCUGUACGCCUCCAUGACCCACCAGUACGUGUUUGAUUGUCGGGACGGCGACGUGUUCGGCUGCGUGGCCGACGUCGGCUGGAUAACGGGACACAGCUACGUGGUUUACGGCCCGCUGUGUAACGGCGUCACCACCGUGCUGUUCGAGAGCACACCUGUUUACCCGAACCCAGGCAGGUACUGGGAGACCGUCCAACGUCUGAGGAUCAACCAGUUCUACGGCGCUCCGACGGCUCUGCGGCUGCUGCUGAAGUACGACGACAGCUGGGUGAAGAAGUACGACCGCUCGUCUCUCAGGACGCUCGGCUCAGUGGGAGAGCCCAUCAACCACGAGGCCUGGCGCUGGUUCCACAGCGUGGUGGGAGACGGACGCUGCCCUCUGGUGGACACCUGGUGGCAGACAGAGACCGGCGGAGUGUGUAUCGCCCCGCGACCCGCCCCGGACGGAGCCGCCAUCCUGCCAGCAAUGGCCAUGAGGCCCUUCUUUGGGAUCCAGCCGGUUCUGAUGGGAGAACAGUAUGGGGGGUGGGAGGUGGGCUUUCCUCAGCCUCCGCAGGAAGUGGAGGCGCUGCUGGGCUUUCUUUGCUAUGGAGCUGGUGUGGAGGGACCAAGUGAGGGCCUCCACCAGGUGGACACCAAGGACAAGGUGCUCUGGACCAUCUCCACAGUGGAGCCAUCGAUGUCAGUGCCGUUUGCCUUCGUGGUUCUGAAGGAGGACCUCCGUGACGCUCCGUCUGCAGUCCUGCAGCAGCUCAGAGAUCUCGUCUCGACCAAGAUCGCCAAGUACGCCGUCCCCGAACACUUCCUGGUGGUGAAGCGAUUGCCAAAAACUCGCUCUGGGAAAAUCAUGAGGCGCAUCCUCAGGAAGGUUGCCAUGGAGACGAGCGGCGACCUCGGAGACGUGUCAACCCUGGAUGACCCGUCGGUCGUCAUGGAGAUCUUGGAGGCUCACGAGGCGUACAGGAAGCAGAGAAAAGAGGCGCAGAAGAAGAAGCAGUAGGAGGAGGUUUGAGAGCCAAUGAGAGGAGGGACCCUGAAACAUGAAUAAAUAAACAUAUAAAGUGGGUGUUGUCUUCCCAUUGGCUCACAGGCCGGGGCUCCGCCUCCUCACCUGAGUGUCUGAACUCUUCACUUUGUUCUCAGUUUUUACACUAAAUCUGUAAAUUCAGCAAAUAAAGUCAGGAAUGUAAAAUCAAAUGAGAAAAUUCAGCUUAAUCUCAGAAAUAGAACUCAGAGGAGAAACUGUUUAAUUUCACCUGCCUGAUCGUCUUCACCUGAUUUUUGAUAAACUGAUACAAUUAGUUUAAAAAUUAAAACAAUUAUUUUACACACGUUUUACAGAUUUAUGAUCAUUUGCUGCUGAAAUUAAAUCAUAUGAAUGUAAAUACACAAAAAUAAACUUGUACUGAUUAACACAAA